GACCAGCUGUUGCCAUUAAAGGGUACGGACGCUGACUGGUAGUUGUUAUAGAAGUUUUCACAAAGAUUUCUUUACACAAUCAACAUAUUUGUGAAAAACUGGCUUGCAAUGAAGUUGAGUUAUAGUUCCAAAGCUGCAUUAUGGGGAUAGAAAGUCUCACUAUAGAAUUAGACAAUCCUGUUGGAAUUUAUUUUCCUGGAGAGGAAGUGUUUGGAGUAGUUCACAUCUCAAAUGUCAGCAGAAUAUACCUGGAAUGUCAAGGCUAUGCAAAAUUUUGUUUCAAUGAAUUGAGUAGUGAGACUUACUAUUCAGCUGAAGAAACUUAUCUAGACCUGAAAAUUCCUCUAAUUACCAAUGAAGGCAGAGAAACCUUUGAACUUGUCAGUGGAGUUCACCAAUUUCCAUUUGUGUUUGUACUUCCAGAAAAAAUUCCCUCUUCAUUUCAAACUGAGAUGUUGGAAAAAUUUGGCUAUGGCCAUGUCAAAUACUCAAUCAAAGUAGUUUUGAAGAGAUCUUCACGUCAAGCAAAUGGAGAAACCUGCUACAUUCCAUUCACUGGAGUUUUGAAGCCGUCAUGGAAACCAAAUUACGAAUAUGUCCUCGAUUUUACAGUUAAAACCAUUGUUGACUUAAAUACAAUCCCAAAAGCAGCACUACCAACGCAAUCAAUAAAAACCAAGCCCGUUUUUCGUUGGUUUUGCUGCCGAUCUGGACUUAUAACGGUAACACUGUAUCAAGACCGUACAGGCUAUGUCGCAGGUGAAACCAUUCUCUUGCAUGCAGAUGUAGACAACCAAAGCAUGACAACAUUGCUUGGUGCAACGGUUUUUCUCAUUAAGAGCGUUGAUUUUCAUACCCACAACAAAUCCAAAACCUACGAAUGCGUUUUGUGUGAACAGAAAUGGCGCGGAAGAGUGUUCCAAGAAGUACCUCAAGUGUUCCCAAUCGUCGUCCCUACAAUGACACCAUCCUAUUUGCAUUUUUGCGAUAUUAUUGACGUCUCCUACAAAAUUGAGGAUUGCUGGUCGGUCAACAUAUGCUGCUCCUAGCUACUACACCGAGUCACCGAAAUACAACACGACCAAAGCGCCUGAAUACUACACCACAGCAUCCUACUACACCACUACAUAUGCUGCGCCGACCUACUACACUGAAGCUCCCAAGUACUAAUCAGCUCCAAGCUAGUACACUGAGGCUCCCAAAUACUACACCACUAAGGCACCGGAGUACUACACAACGACUUACGCUGCACCAAGUUACUACACCGACGCCCCCAAGCUGCUGGGGCGUCUAUGCUGUCCCCAGCUUUACUACUAAC